AUGCCGUACGGGUUAAAGAAUGCUCCAGCUAUCUUUCAAUCCUUCGUUGACGAGAUUCUCAGAGACCUGCACGGACAGGGUGUUGUGGUGUAUAUUGACGAUAUUUUGAUCUACUCCGCUACACGCACCGCGCAUGUGUCUCUGGUGCGCAAGGUUCUUGGGCGACUGCUGGAGCAUGACCUAUUUCGUUUUACGAUCUCGUAUCGACCAGGUUCCCUCAACACUAAGGCCGACGCGCUGUCCUGCCUCUAUGACACUGAGGACCGGUCCAUCGAUCCUACUCCCAUCAUUCCGGCGGCUAAGCUGGUGGCACCAGUAGUAUGGGAGGUGGACGCGGACAUCGAGCGGGCGCUAAGGGAGGAACCUGCGCACAGUGUCCGGAGGGUCGUAGAUACGUGCCGCUCGCUGUUCGGAAACACGACGAUCCUGGUCGUUGUGGACCGGUUCUCUAAGUCCUGCCGUCUUGUCCCGUUGCCUGGUCUCCCUACGGCCCUGCAGACUGCGGAGGCUCUUUUCACCCAUGUCUUCCGGGACUAUGGGGUGCCCGAGGAUAUUGUUUCUGAUCGGGGUCCCCAGUUUACCUCCCGAGUGUGGAGGGCAUUUAUGGAACGUCUGGGGGUCUCGGUCAGCCUGACCUCAGGGUAUCACCCAGAGAGUAAUGGGCAAGUGGAGAGAGUGAACCAGGAGAGCCAGACUGAGGCUCCUGCGGUGGAGGAGUGGGUGCAGCGCUCUAAGGAGACCUGGAGGGCCGUCCAGGAGUCAUUACGUCAGGCGAGUGGACGGCAGAAGAAGAGCGCUGACCGGCACCGCAGUGAGGCCCCCGUGCCGGUGGUAGCUGGUCCCAUGCAGGAAGAAGCAAUCAAUCAAUCAGAUUCUAAACUCUCCACCAUGGCCAAGACCAAAGAGCUCUCCAAAGAUGUCAGGGACAGGAUUGUAGACUUACAAAAGGCUGGAAUGGGCUACAAGACCAUCGCCAAGCAGCUUGGUGAGAAGAGGAUCUAUCGUAGUGGGGACUUCCAGACUUCAGCGCAGAGGAUGGGUACAUCCUUGCUGUUCCAGUUGUCUGUUCAUGAGCGUGAGCAGGACUUGGUGUUAUUGGAUCACAGCUAUGCCAAGCCAUGGAAUGCCCACCCGGACGCCAGCAGUGCCCGGCCCACGCGCAUGCUGUUCGUCACACCCCGUCGCCAACCUGAUGCCACUCCGGAAUCAGAUCUGUCAAUAGAUGUGGAAUCUGUCACGCCUACACCUAUCCGACUCUAUGACAACCAGAAAGCACGCAGUGUUAUGAAGGAGUGUGAGCGACAUGUUUUAUUUGCUCGCACAGUUGCCGAUGGUCCCCCACCCCCUGAUGACUGGGACGAACGCAUCAACAAGGCUGGAUGGUCGGUCACUCAAAACAAAUUAUUUAAUAAGCUGCUGAAAGCUCUGCAAGCUGAACGACUGGCCCGGCUUGCCAAUGAAAAUGCCUCCAAUGAGCCAGUAUUGCGCAGGAUUGCUGUGGACAAAUGUGCCCGGAAGGUGCGCCAUGCACUGGCCAGUGUCAACUGGGACACCAAACUGACCCAGUGGCUACACAGCACCCUGAUAGAGUCUCUCAGUCUAGCCAUGCUGGCUGCUUACCUGGACGUACUGCAGACACUCAAGAGCAAGUUGCCCUUGCUGAUUGACAGAAUGCUGCUGACGUCUUCAGUAAAGACUGGAGCGGCUGGUGCAGAAGCCCUCUCUCUGCUCCUGAAGAGGCCGUGGGAUCCAGCCGUGGGCGUUCUGUCUCACAACAAACCGAGCAAGCUUCCUGGCUCCCCACUCAUCUUAAUUGUACCAUCAGGUCCCACCAAUCCUGCUCUUUCUACCCCGCGCCGAUUUAGAUUUUGGCAGUCACAACUCUCCUGCUUGGGAAAGGUCAUCCCAGUAAGUACCCAUGUAAACAGUGGAGCCAAUGUGGGUAUCGCUCAGUGUCUGGAGCACAUGUUGGCCACAGUCAGGGCCAAAGUCAUUGAGGUCCACAGUCACUUCCCUCACAAACCCAUUAUCUUGGUUGGCUGGAAUGUGGGAGCUCUCAUCGCCUGUCACGUCUCUCUCAUGGAGUACCUGACCGCUGUGGUGUGUCUUGGCUUUCCUCUGCUAACAAUCAAUGGGGCAAGAGGGGAUGUGGACGACCCCUUACUGGACAUGAAGACCCCAGUGCUGUUUGUGGUUGGUCAGAACGCUUUGCAGUGUGGCACAGAAGCCAUGGAGGAGUUCCGAGAGAAACUUAGAGUCGACAACAGCAUGGUGGUGGUGGGGGGAGCUGAAGACAACCUCAGGAUCAACUCAACAAAGAUCAAAUCAGAGGGAUUGACACAGACCAUGGUGGAUCGCUGCAUUCAGGAUGAGAUAGCAGACUUCCUGUCGGGAGUGCUGGAGCGGGCGGAGAGCCACGGCCACAGCUCCGGAGAGCUGAGGAACCUGGACACAGAGAAGAAGAAGCAGCCCUGGCGGGAGUUACCCUUUGACCUAGAGAGGGCCCGCCCCUCUUCCCCUGCCCUCAGAGUACCUAUCUCCCCCUCAGGCUCCGAGGACAUGUCCAGUGUUUGCAGCAGUCCCACCUCCAGCCCCAAGCCAAAGACCUCGGGACUGUCCCCGGCACAGAAGUCCAGCCUGAUCACCGCCACACAACUCCUCAAGACCCAUAUGCAGCGGUCUGGGACGGUGCUCACACACAAGCAGGCACAAGCCCAGUUUGCUGCUUUUAUGAAACAAAACAUGCUUGUGAGGAAAAAUCUGCCCCCUGGCGCUCCCUCCUGUGUCUUUGUGCCUGUAUCCAGUGAGCAGACUGAGAGCCUGGAGAGAGAUGAACUGAUGGCCCAUCUGAAGAGAAGGCAGACACCCAGCCCCACUCCCACCAAGGCCUCAAAGAAAGCCAAGAUCAAGGUGACCAUCCUGCAUGGAGAGUCAGCAGGGGUUGCUGUCAGCUCUGCAGCACAGGAAGUGGGACCCUCUGGGAAGCCCCUGAAUGUGACUGUGGGACAGACUGUAUCUGGAGCCAAGGAAGUCUCCAGACUACUCACAGCCCAGCGGUCUGGUAGUCUGACAGGGGUGUCUAGUUCCCAGAGCUCGGGUUCCAGCUCUUUCCACAAUCUGCAGAGUUGCAUGGUGUCAGGGUCCUCCUCACAAGUCCAGGCGCAAGCUCCUGCUACUGCCCAAGCACCUUCCGCCAGCAGCCUCCUCCACGGCCUAAGUUUCAGUCUACAGGAGAUGGUGACCAAAUCCCCUAGCCUGCCCAGCACAACAGCUAGCAUGGGCAGCAUUCAGGCCCUCGGUGGGAAGCCCCAGGGUCAGGUUCUUAACUCCAUAGAUACUGGCAGCAGCACUCUGCUCCGGGCAGUGCCUGUGGUCUCCACUGGAGGGCUGACCAAGACAACUGCCAUCCACCAGCUACUCAACAACAGUGGGCUGGCCAAGCCGGCGAGUGGCCUCCUCGGCCUGUCACACAUCUCCACCCAGAGUGCCGGUACGUCUCGAACUGCCAAACCAAGGCGGCCACGCUGAAUGCCCAGGGUUAACUCCUUAACCCCUUGUUUCGGGAAAGCUAGAAUAGCAGGACGGGCCCUAUCGCCAGUUCACUUUGGCCACACUACAGAUGGGUGACACAGAUAGUGGACAGCAUGAUCAGUAAUGUGUAUGCAGAUAGUCAUCUAUGAAGAUCCUAGGUGUUGUCAGUAUUUGAAAAGCCAGACUUGCAAGUCAAGUAUAUAGAUUUGUAUCGUACGGGAUGUGUUUUUGUACUAAUUUUCAUGUUUGAAAGAGCCAUAAGGAAAACAUCAAUGAAUACCAUGAUCUGGGGGAUGUGACAUUGGAAUUAGAAGUUUGAUGAAGUCAAGUUUAAUAGUUAUUGUUUCUGAAUCAAUGGAAGUCUGCGGAUAUGUCAAAUGUAAAUGUUCAAAAUGCUGACAUGAGAAUCCGUCAAUGGCAUGUUCAUAUUUGCAUGAUGUUGCUUUGAAUACAUGGAACUCUUGAUACAAAAUUGAUGUCACAAGAAUUGUAAAUCAGGAGGACCAAAAAUGAGUGCAUUUUAAUAUUGACUAAAUGUCACAUGACUACAGAAUAUGUCAAUGGCCCUGUUCAGAAUGAAUUUCUUCACCACAUACGUCCACUCGGUAAAGAUGGUCUUCAUGUUACAUUAUUAAUUAAAUCACCUGCAAGCAGCAGCCAUACUUCCAGAUGCGCACAAGGACCCACAGACUCACUUUGGAGGGAGUAGAAGAGUUGAAGACAGUAAUAUUCAGAGUAGAAGAGUUGAAGAUAGUAAUAUUCACAUCCGGCAUAUGUUUCUGUUUCUAUCAUUGCAAUAAAGAGUGUAAAAUAA